CCGCAGCGCCCCCUAGUGGCCAGGAUCCCUGCGCGCAGGGCUCACUGCGGAGGAUGAGCUCAGCUGAUCGUCCUGCUUAAUGUCGGGUUCGCAAACGGCCAACACCCUACAGAGUGCGGCAAAACAGGCCAAAUAGCGCUCAGCAUCGCGUCUAAUGAGCCAGCUGCGCAGGAAGGAGAAACAUGAGUCACGAAUGAGAACUGCAGGAUGUCUUUCAAGAAGGAAACACCCCUGGCUAAUGCUGUGUUCUGGGCAGCGAGGAAGGGAAACUUGGCUCUGCUUCAGCUGCUGCUCAACAGCGGGCGAGUGGACGCAGAUUGCAGAGAUAAUUUUGGAACAACAGCACUAAUGGUGGCGUCCUAUAGCGGCUAUUAUGACUGUGUCAAAGAACUCAUCAUGCAAGGAGCCGACAUUAACUACCAGAGAGAGACAGGUUCUACAGCUUUGUUCUUCGCCUCCCAGCAGGCACACUGUGACGUUGUGAAGCUUCUUUUUGAGUUUGGAGCCUCCACUGAAUUCCAGACAAAGGACGGUGGCACGCCUCUGACUGUUGCAUGCCAGUAUGGUCACUCCAAGGUGGUGGACACGCUGCUGAAGAAUGGAGCCAAUGUUCAUGACCAGCUGAACGAUGGUGCUACAUCUCUUUUCCUUGCUGCCCAGGAGGGUCAUGUGACUGUGAUUCGUCAGCUGCUGUCAUCUGGUGCUAAGGUUAACCAGGCUAGAGAGGAUGGCACUACGCCGUUAUGGAUGGCAGCUCAGAUGGGUCAUAGUGAAGCGGUGAAGGUACUACUCUUACGUGGAGCAGAUCGAGAUGCUGACAGGGAUGGAUCAACAGCAUUAUUCAAAGCAGCUUUGAAAGGACACAACGGUGUCAUAGAGGAACUCCUUAAAUUUUCUCCUUCUCUUGGCCUUCUCAAGAAUGGCUCCACUGCCCUUCAUGCUGCUGUCAUGAGUGGAAAUCUUCAGACAGUUCUGCUGCUUCUUGGGGCUAACUCAGACCCCACUCUACCCAGCAAAAAUAAUCAACUCCCUGCUGAUCUCACAAAGAGCGAUCGCAUUCUGAAGGUUUUACGUCAGAAAACUGUGGCCAGAGAGAGUUGAUGACAGCCCCGACUCUCCUCCAUCACUGAUGAUGUGUAAUGAGGGGAAAUGAAAACAAUAAACAGUGUCAAAAGAACUCCUCUGCCA